AUGGAGCGAUACACUCCCCAACAACGCGGAAUAAUCGUGUCUAUUUUUUUGCGUAACAAUUCGUCUGUGGUGUUGGUGCAGCGCGAAUUCCGUCGCCGAUUCCCCGGUCGUCCGGCACCGACUGCGCAAACACUGCGCCGUUUGGCCACCAACCUUGAAGAGUAUGGGACUACACGAGACGCUGCCAAGAGUGGCCGGCCCCGGAGCGCCCGUUCUGCCGAGAAUAUCGCCGCUGUUGCCGAGGAUGUCGAGCUGUCGCCAGAAACAUCGACCAGACGCCGUGCCUCGCAAUUAGCCAUCAGCCGGUCGUCCCUAAGGCGAAUUUUGGUCAAAGACCUGCGCAUGUUUCCGUACAAAGUUCAGUCCGUGCAUCAGCUGCUGCCUGUCGACCGCCAAACGCGUGUAACCUACGCCCAAGCCAUCCUCAAUCUCGAGGACGAAGUGGACGAUUUUUCGACCAAAAUCAUAAUGAGCGAUGAGGCUCAUUUCCAUCUCAGCGGGUACGUGAACAAGCAAAACUAUCGCUUCUGGGGCACCGAAAAUCCACGAGUGAUGCACGAGGAGCCAUUACACCCGCUCAAAGUGACUGCAUGGUGCGCUGUUCACGCUGGAGGAGUCAUCGGGCCAUUUUUUUUCGAGGACGCCGCUGGUCAAACGACAACAGUGGACGGUGCGCGCUAUAGGGCCAUGUUAACCGAGUUUUUUCUGCCGCAAUUGAACGAAUUGGGACUGGAGGACGUGGUUCCAACAGGACGGAGCAACGGCACACACUGCGCGAGCCACAACCGAUAUUCUGAAGGCGGCGUUCCCGGGUCGCCUCAUCUCUCGUUUUGGCGAUUUGCACUGGCCCGCAAGAUCGCCCGAUUUAACCGUUCCAGACUUUUUUUGUGGGUUUUUUUGAAGUCCCAUGUUUACGUGAACAAGCCCGAGACCCUGGAAGCCCUCAAGGACAACAUUCGAUACGAGUGCGAGAAUCUGUUGUCCGAAGUUCUCGCCGAAGUGAUGAAAAAUGCCAUAAAACGAGCCCAUAUAGCAAUCAAUUGUGGCGGCGCCCAUUUGGCCGAUAUCAUCUUCUCGACUUGA